GCACCCAUGUUUAGAAAAAUCAGUUUAGACCUGGAGAUGCUCAGUUAUAUAAAGCCUCAAGGCACCCUUUAAAAUUAUGGACAGUCCUGAGGCACCCUUUAAAAUUAUGGACAGUCCCGAGACAUCCUUUAAAAUUAUGGACAGUACCGAGGCACCCUUUAAAAUUAUGGACAGUCCCGAGACAUCCUUUAAAAUUAUGGACAGUACCGAGGCACCCUUUAAAAUUAUGGACAGUCUCGAGACACCCUUUAAAAUUAUGGACAGUCACGAGGCACCCUUUAAAAUGAUGGACAGUCACGAGGCACCCUUUAAAAUUAUGGACAGUCCCGAGGCACCCUUUAAAAUUAUGGACAAUCACGAGACGUCCUUUAAAAUUAUGGACAGUCCCGAGGCACCCUUUAAAAUUAUGGACGGUCCCGAGACACCCUUUAAAAUUAUGGACAGUCCCGAGGCUCCCUUUAAAAUUAUGGACAGUCCCGAGGCUCCCUUUAAAAUUAUGGACAGUCCCGAGACACCCUUUAAAAUUAUGGACAGUCCCGAGGCUCCCUUUAAAAUUAUGGACAGUCCCGAGACACCCUUUAAAAUUAUGGACAGU